AUGUCCACUCACACAAGUUUGCUAAAACUUGUAGAGACCAACAACAAGUUCAAAACAACUGACGAGUACGUGGAGUUUGGCUACCUUCAUGGGAACAAUUGGAGGCCACUAGGAAUUGUCAGUUUCCAAAACGCCCAGCAUCUACGACAAAUGGAACAAAGGUUGGAUAGAUGGCUGGCCUUUCCACAGAGUAGUGAGGGACUGAAUCGCAUUCAACUGAAACCAGACCAUCUGAAGACUACCGAAACUUUCAUCAAUGCGUUCAUGGCCAUACGCGAGGUUCUUACUUCAGAGGGUAGUGGCCUUGCGAAACAAAAUCUGGGGGAAUAUGGAAACGAGAUGUGGCCGUUGUACGGCGCCGAUAUCGAAACCGGUUUCUUGUGUGGCUUGGCCCCUGUCUUCGGUAUAGUGACCACUGGUGUUCACCUGAAUAUCUACAAACGCAAUGGUGACGAUCCGAAGGACUUUCGCAUCUGGGUUGCGAGACGUUCCGACAGCAAGCCAACCUUCCCCGGCAAGUACGAUCAGUGCGCUGCUGGAGGAUACCAGUUCCAGCUUCGGAGUGAAGGCUUGGUCUACGGUGAAGUUCACGAUACUUCUGCAUUUAAAUGCCUUCAACGGGAAGUAAAAGAGGAGAUAAAGGCCGGUCUGCCCCGUGGGUGGGACAAUUCAGUCAAAGAGGCUUCAGCGAUUCAGUUCGCUGAUGUCCGGGACAAGCGGUGGGGAAAUACCCAUCUUCAUGUUCCUGAGCUUGGCGUCAAGGUGACGUACGACCUCGAACUGUGGCAAGACUGCAAAUUUGUCGGCAAUCCGGAGGAAGUCAAGAACGUCGAGGUCAAGACAGUGGGGCAGAUUGUUGACCUUCUUCUCCGAGACGAAUUCAAGCCGAACUCUGCACUCGUUAUGGUCGACUUUUUGAUCCGACAUGACUGUCUCAAGGACUCUCCGCACGCCUCGACGGAGCAGAUUCAAAAGAUGCAAGGAAUGCUUAAAAGGCACGAAGCUGUCGAUAGGCUUCCUCACUGGACGAAAGAAAGAGAGACGCCAAAACCCCAACGUUGA